UGUGGUGGUGGCGGCGUUCAAGAUGUCGACCAAGAAUUUCCGAGUCAGUGACGGUGACUGGAUUUGCCCUGACAAAAAAUGUGGAAAUGAAAACUUUGCCAGAAGAACCAGCUGUAAUAGAUGUGGUCGGGAGAAAACAACUGAGGCUAAGAUGAUGAAAGCAGGAGGCACUGAAAUAGGAAAGACACUUGCAGAGAAGAGCCGAAGUCUAUUUGGUGCUAAUGACUGGCAGUGUAAAACUUGCAGUGAUGUGAAUUGGGCAAGAAGAUCAGAGUGUAACGUGUGUAAUACUCCAAAGUAUGCUAAGUUAGAAGAAAGAACAGGAUAUGGUGGCGGUUUUAAUGAAAGAGAAAAUGUUGAAUAUAUAGAAAGAGAAGAAUCUGAUGGAGAAUAUGAUGAGUUUGGACGUAAAAAGAAAAAAUACAGAGGGAAGGCAGUUGGUCCAGCAUCUAUUUUAAAGGAAGUUGAAGAUAAAGAAUCUGAGGGAGAAGAAGAGGUUGAGGAUGAAGAUCUUUCUAAAUAUAAAUUGGAUGAGGAUGAGGAUGAAGAUGAUGCUGAUCUCUCAAAAUAUAAUCUUGAUGCCAGUGAAGAAGAAGAUAGUAAUAAAAAAAAAUCUAAUAGACGAAAUCGCUCAAAGUCUCGAUCUUCACAUUCACGAUCUUCAUCACGCUCAUCCUCCCCCUCAAGUUCAAGGUCUAGGUCCAGGUCCCGGUCAAGAAGUUCUUCCAGUACACAGUCAAGAUCUCGUUCCAGUUCCAGAGGACAUUCGAGAUCUCGUGGGUCGAAAUCAAGAUCCAGUUCCAGAUCCCACAGGGGCUCUUCUUCCCCGAAAAGAUCUUAUUCAAGUUCAUCAUCUUCUCCUGAGAGGAACAGAAAGAGAAGUCGUUCUAGAUCUUCACCUGGUGAUUGCAAAAAAAGACGAACAAGAUCACGGUCACCCGAAAGGCACCACAGGUCAUCUUCUGGAUCAUCCCAUUCUGGUUCCCGUUCAAGUUCAAAAAAGAAAUAAUGUAUUAAAAUUUA